CUCGAGGCGCCACCAGCAGUGCAGAGCCCCCUGCCGCCCCUCCCGGGGGAGGCGGCACCGCCCCUGCAUGGAGCCGGCGCCGGCCGCCGUCCCCCCGUUCCAGCCGCCGGCGCGGGCCUGCGGCGCGAGGGGUGGCCCGGAGGCCCAGGCGCCCCGCGAGCCCCCCCGCUCACCGCUGCCAUGGCGGCGCAGGUUCACGCCCCGGCCAGACCAGGAGGAGGAUCUGGCGAGCUGCAGCGGGGGCAGCGGUGCGGGCUCGCCGCUGCAGCGGAGGCAGCGCGCCGUCUUCCGGACGGGCUCCCUCGAUGGCGGGCUGGACGACGCCGCGCCCCCAUCCUGUGCGGCGGCUGCGGGCUGGCAAUCUCCCUGUGCUGCACGUGGUGCCAGGUCUGCGAGGGGCCUACCCAGCUGGUGGUGGGCGGCUGGCACUUUAUAGGCGAGACGACGGAGGUGUACGAGGCCGGAGGGUCCAGCCCCUCCGCCGCCCUGGCCAACAGCAGCGUCCGCUUCGGCCGCGCGCGGUCGGCUGGCAGCCUCGGCUCCAGCGGCUGCUUCCCGCUCGACGAGGGCGGUGGCGGCUCCCCGUGCCGGGAGCUGCUGGUGGCGGCCAAGAGCGUGCCGCUGGACGGGGUGCCGGAGGACGUGGAGCUGGCCCCAGAGAUCCAGCGUGUGCCGCGCCUUCGGCCGCAUGCACCCGAACCUGCUGCCGGUGCUCUUCGGGCAGGCCACGGCGACAGAGCUGGUGCUGCUGAGCCCGUACGCGCCGGGGGGCGACCUGAAGAAGCUUACCCACAUCGGGGCGGGCUCGUGGAGGUGCCUCGAGGAGGUGGACGCGAGCUACCUGGCCUGCCAGCUGCUCUCGGGCCUGGGGGCCCUGCACGGCGCGGGCUUCCUGCACGGGGACGUGAAGCCGCACAACGUGUUCCUGACGCGCGUGCGGGGCGCCUACGUGGGGCAGCUGGGGGACUUCGGGCUCACCCGGCGGGUGCCGCCCGAGGGCCUGCCCAGCAUCGGCGGGACCUCCGGCUACCUGGCCCCGGAGAUGGUGGGGCGGGUCGUGGGCCAGCCCGGGCCCCUGCAGACCUGCGCGGCCGACCUGUUCGCGCUGGGGGUCACGAUGUACCAGCUGCUCUCGGGCAUGUGCCCCUUCGACCCGCCGUCCAACGUGCGCGAGCCGCUGGACUUCGACGCGGGCUGCUGGGAUCCCCUGGCGGCCGAGGCGAGGCAAUUCGUCGGCCUGCUGCUGGGCAAGGCCCCCGAGGACCGGGGCACCGCGGGGGCGGCGCUGGCCCACCCGUGGCUGGGCCUGGCGCCCGGGAGGCCGCGGGGAGUGGAGAGGCCGCGCGGGGCCCCGCAGCCGGCCAGCGCCAUCCGCUUCCACCCGAUGGCGAAGGGAGAGCCGAGGGGCUGAGGGGCGCCGGCGCCCGCGUAGGGGCUGACUGCGCCGCCGCGGCCUUUGUCCCGCGAGUGGCCGAUUGCGGUCGCUGAUAGGUGCGUCACUUCUCUCGGGACCAUCCUUAUGCUCAUGGCGUGGGUCUCCUUCCGGGGAGGCCCCUCGGGGCCCUCCUCCGUCGCCACGGCCGCUCGCAGCUCGGCGCCAGCGCGCAGCGCUCUGCAGGCGGCCCCCCUGCCUCCGGGAUGGGGUGCGGAACCGUCGUGGCGGCCGCGCGUGUCUUUUUUGCUCGCUGCCUUCUCGCGUCGCGCGGGCUUCUCGUCGGGAGGGCUCGGCCCUCGUCCCACCUGUCCCCCUCGCUUCUUAUUUCUCCACCCUGCUGAAUGCCGCACCAGGGUUCCGCGACCCUUCGGCUGUGCUCUCGCACGUAUAGUUGUGAAGGGU